CACCUUCCGCGCAAAGAGCUUCACGAAACCUCGAGCGACUGAAAGAGCUAAGAAGAUCUUCUAGGCUUGACGAAUUGGCAAGAUUUUUGUAGGCUGCCGAUUAGCUAGUAUAGUGUUCUUUUAAAAUUUCCCUUUUUUUACUAUUCGGUUUCUUUCUUUAGAGGCUUAGCUGCCGCAAUGCCCCCUCCUGUCACUCGGGCUCCAGCCCCGCGCCCCAACACAGCAACCGCAGCCUCGUCGUCGCCAUCCCUGCCCCUAGACCAAGGCUUCAGGCUCUUAACGUCGUUCAACUCGUUCCUGACGGUCGCCAUCCACAACAUCCUGUUCUACAGGGGCAUCUACCCCGCAUCCACCUUCCUGUCGGCGCGUGCAUACAACCUGCCGGUGCACCAGAACCGCCACCCCAAGGUCUGCUCGUGGAUCCGCGAUGCCGUCGACGCCGUGGCUGCCCAGAUUGCGGGCGGCCAUGUCGCACGCAUCGCCGUCGUGGUCCACUCGCCGCCUCCUGCUGCCUCUGACCCAUCAUCGUCAUCCGAGUCAAGCGGCUUAGCGGCGGGGGACGAGCAGCAGAGGGCAAAAAGGCUGCCGCCGCCCGGCUCGGUCCUCGAGCGCUGGAUGUUUGACGUAAGCCGGUUUCCGGCGUGGCCAACUGGCGGGAGUGCCGGGGGCGACGCCCCCAAAGCUAUGCGGGAUUUCGGCAAGAUGCUUUCAGAGCAAGCCUGCCACGAACAGAGCCGCGACAACCCCCCCUCCAAUAGCAGACCCCCGUCCAACGCGGCGGCAGGAGCGUUACGAGAUGAAAAGGUCAACUGGAUAGACGUGGAUGAGCAGUUCCGCGGCGCACUGCGGCGGAUGGCCUACGCAGGCGAGAAGAUGGACAGUCUUCCUGAGGGAUGCACGUUCACGAUAGCAGUAGAACUGCGGGACGAAGCACUGGCGCCGAUAGGGCAUCCACAGGCUUGGAUCCCCGCGAAGCCAAAUCUACUAUCUCCUGGAGUCGAAGACCGAUUUGGGCCGACGACUGAGGCUAGAAACGAUCUGGCCGGCGUCAAGACGAUGCCGGUGCGGUCAGUCGAGGCUGGCCCUCUGUUCUUUGAGUGCUGGAUCGAAGAAGCACAGGCAAGAGAUGAGACUGUAUAUGAUUGACCGUAGGCGCCGCAAUGGCAUGGCAAACUGUUGUGUUUUGCUACGCAUUCAGACAAUGCGGAUUCCGGCAGGCAGUCAGCAGAAAUUAGCUACCUUGCCGUAACUAUCUACAUCAACUGUACAGACUUGAAGAGGGGAAUGCCGAGCAGCCUUUUUGCGGGACAACCAAAGGUCUUCAUUGUGAUCCUUCUGCCUGUGAGGCUGGUGUCCACACCCGUAAGAGCUCCAACAGGCACCCUCAGAACCUAAACCGGAAUCUCAGAUGACCAACAAUGCAUCCGUCUCGACAAACCCAGAAAAGUUAUCUCGGUUUAAUGUAAUUAAAGUGCGACUCUCCAUUGUGGGAUAUCGUCGAGAAUUGAGAAGAACCCAACCGCAGCCGAGAGUAAGUCUAUGGUCGAAGUUCUCACAAACAGAAUUACA